GAUACAGUCUGUUGAGAAGACAUACAAAGAAGCUCAUACCUUGCUGCGUUGUCGAAAUUAAACCCAGCUGCAGGAGUUUCGAGGACAUUUGAUAGCGCCAUACUGGGUCUGACUGCUGCUUCUCUGCGCGUCUCAGUGCGCCUGAGCGUCGCCUCCUACUUCUCUUUCGGUUUUGGAGUGAAAAUGGAGAAACGCUGCACGGACUCACAAGUCAAAGGAGUCAGCACAGGGACCACCAUCCUGGCUGCUACCUUUGAUGGAGGGGUCGUGAUUGGGUCUGACUCCAGGGCGUCUAUUGGAGGGGAAUAUGUAUCAUCUAAGACAAUCAACAAGGUGAUUCAGGUUCAUGACCGGAUCUUCUGCUGCAUGGCUGGCUCACUCGCAGAUGCUCAGGCCGUCACCAAGGCUGCAAAGUUUCACCUGUCCUUCCACAGCGUCCAGAUGGAGACCCCUCCGCUGGUGAUUGCAGCAGCCUCUGUGCUUAAAGAACUGUGUUACAAAAACAAAGACGAGCUGCAGGCCGGCUUCAUCACAGCCGGCUGGGACAGGAAGAAAGGACCACAGGUGUACGUCGUGUCUCUAGGUGGGAUGUUGAUCCAUCAGCCAGUUACCAUCGGUGGCUCCGGCAGCACCUACAUCUACGGCUACGUCGACGCCAAAUACAAACCCGACAUGACCAAAGAGGAAUGCCUGCAGUUUGCUACUAAUGCUCUUGCUCUUGCCAUGGGCAGAGACAACGUCAGCGGGGGUGUGGCUCACCUGGUGGUGGUCACAGAGGCCGGGGCGGAGCAUGUGGUCGUUCCUGGUGACAAGCUGCCCAAGUUCCAUAAUGAGUGACAUCUUUGAACAACCAAUAAAAUUUGGAU